AACUUUAAAAGUUCCUAUUUUUUUUUUCUCAUUGCUUCUUCACUCGCAAGUCACAUUUCUUUUUCUUCUUUUUUUUCCUUCGUUUCUCUUUCUUUCUCCAUGGAUUUUCAAGAUAAUCUUGAACUUUCGUUAGGGAAACUAAAAACACGAAAGAAAAAUGCUACAAAAAUUGUCCCCUUUGUUGCCCUUGCUAUCUUAUUCACUCUUAUCCCUUUAUACUAUCCUUCUUUGCACCCUAAAAAACUCUCACAAGUUCUUUCUUCAUCUUCUUUCCAAUCCAACAGUAGUUAUAGUAGUAGUACAGAAGAAAAAAAUGAAAAAAUUAUCACAACACCAUCAUCAUCACCACAAAUUAACGUGACCAGAAGUGAUACCUUAGUGGCCGCGCCUCAAGCAAGAUUUAUUAAUCAUACUGAUGAAAAAUGCGAUUUAUUUUUGGGGGAAUGGGUACCAAAUCCAGACGGACCAUAUUAUACAAACAUGACAUGUUUUACAAUUCAAGAACAUCAAAAUUGCAUGAAAUAUGGAAGGCCUGAUAGAGAUUUCUUGAAGUGGAAAUGGAAACCGGAUGCCUGUGAGUUACCACUAUUUGAUGCACAUCAAUUUCUUCAACUUGUUAGGGGGAAAUCACUAGCCUUUGUUGGAGAUUCAGUUGCAAGAAAUCAUAUGCAAUCAUUGAUAUGCUUAUUGUCUAAAGUAGUAUAUGCUGUAGAUGUUUCAGAUACGACAGAUCAAGAAACUAAGCAUUGGGAAUACAGAGAUUACAACUUUAACAUGUCCAUAUUUUGGGCACCCUAUUUGGUAAAAGCAAAUAAAACCGAACCCAAUAAUACAUAUCAACCGUUUAAUUUAUAUCUUGAUGAACCUGAUGAAUCUUGGACCACCAAAAUCCAAGAUUUCGAUUAUGUGAUCAUCUCAGCUGGCCACUGGUUCUUCCGUCCAAGUAUGUUUUACUUGAACCACACCCUCGUUGGCUGCCUUUUCUGUUCACAACCCAAUGUUAGCCAAUUAACAUCUUUUUUCAGCUACCAGAAGGCAUUUCAAACGGCUUUCCGGAUCAUUAAUAGUUUGGAAAACUACAAGGGAAUUACUUUUUUGAGGACAUUCGCACCAUCUCAUUUUGAAGAUGGGGUUUGGGAUAAAGGAGGAGAUUGUGUUAGGACGAUACCAUUUAAGAGGAAUGAGAAUGUGUUGGAUGAUUAUAACUUAGAAUUUUACAAGAUUCAAUUGCAAGAACUAACGAUUGCUCAAAAGGAAGGGAAAAAUAAAUUUAGGCUAUUUGAUGCAACACAAUCAAUGUUAUUGAGACCAGAUGGUCAUCCUAGUAAAUAUGGACAUUGGCCUAAGCCGAACGUUACAUUGUCAAAUGACUGUGUCCAUUGGUGUUUGCCAGGCCCAAUUGAUGUGUGGAAUGAUUUCUUACUUGAACUUAUGAAAAGGGAGGCAAUUGAUGAAUAAUUUGCGUAAGCACUUUAUCAUCUUUUGGUGUUUGGCCAUUUUUCUAGAGGAUUUUUUUUUCCCUUUUCAAUUAUUAUUCAUUAGUUGUUACUUUGUUAUGUUACAAAAAGGGGCAACUGCCUAAUAAUAAGGGAAAAAAACUAGUAGUGCAAAAUAAGAAAAAACAUAUCUUUCCGUUUGACCCUUUUCUGAAGGAGGACUUUUUUUUUUUCUUUAUUCUUCAAGUCGUCAAGUACUUUGUUCGUUUUGGUA